AUGGGAAAUACAAUUAGAUCGAUCUUUGGUAAAAAACGUUAUCGAAUAUUAAUGGUUGGACUCGAUAAUGCUGGAAAAACAUCAGUUCUUUCUCAUCUUCGUUUACAAGAAUUUCGUUCAACAAUGCCGACUAUUGGAUUUACUGUUGAAACCAUUAUUUUAGAAAAUGUUCAUUUUACUGUAUGGGAUGUUGGAGGACAAGAUAAAAUUCGUCCAUUAUGGCGUCAUUAUUAUACUGGAUCUCAAGGUCUAAUAUUUGUUGUUGACUCCACGGAUUAUGAACGAAUUGAUGAAGCAUGUCGAGAAUUACAAAAAAUCUUAAAUGAUCGUGAAAUGCGUAAUAUUAGUUUACUUGUACUUUGUAAUAAACAAGAUCUUUCCAACAGUAUGCAACCAGAUGAAAUACGACACGCAUUACAUUUAGAGAACUUUACUCGUCCGUAUGCCAUAAUGCCUUGUUCAGCUUUGAGUGGAGCUGGUUUAUCAGAAGGUUUUAAAUGGUUAUCUAAACAUUGUAAAUAA